CUUUGCCGUGUCAGGUUUUCCGGAGCUAUUUGACGUUUCUAAAAAAGAAUUUAGAGAUAUAAAGAAAAAAGCGGCAUGGGAAUUCGACGGUGCCAGAGUAAACAUAUAUUCCGUGCUUGGUGACCGUGCAGUUCUUCUUUCUUCCUCUGAGUGGCAGCACUGUGAUUUAGCCGAAACACGAUGACAGCUGGUGUUUCGUGGCAAUCCAACGUGGAUAUUCCAAUGUGAAACUGUGGAACCUCUGUGACCCUCUUCUGCUUGAUGUGCAGUGUAAGGACAUACUUGUGGACCGCAGUUUGUUGAAAUGCAAGUGUGAGGCGAGGUCCCCGCAGGAGAUCUAUGUCAAGGCAGGUGACAUGGUGGUGCUACAGUGUCCUCAACCUGCAAGAUAUCGUCGUGCGGGUGGUGAAGUGAUGUGGAUUAGUGAGAACAGCCAGGAGAUGGAUCUGAACAACAUGUCACCUGCUGAGCAGAAGAAGGCUGGCCUGAUGCAUCAUGGCAGGAGUCUUUAUAUUCUCACUGCUUCUGUAAACCAUCAGGGGAACUACUCAUGUUCACAAAGGAAUACAAGCAGCCAGUUCUGGUUCAGAGUGACUGUGUACACCAAACUGAGCAGAGAGAUGGAGAACAGAACUCGGUACUCAAUGACAUGUUACACCGAAGAGUCCUGCACAUUGACCUGCCCUGAUAGCGAUGUCCCUGACCCAAAUACUCCCAACAUUACCAGCUACGACCUUACAUGGCACAAGAUUGGAGAGUCAUUGCAUGAAGUUGACAGCUACUUCUCAAAUGUGGAAAAAAAAGACAGCGGCAUCUACACCUGCAUUAGGCCUUACCUGUAUGAUGGUCAAAUCUACAACAUGAGCUUUACAUUGGUGUUGGAUGUCCAGCCUAGUCAGACAAAUAUGGACAAACACGCAGUGAUAACUUCCCCGCGGGCAAAUGAAACAAUUUAUGUGGAUGUAGGCUUCCCUGCGGUGAUCAAAUGUGAAGCCCUUAAGUAUUCAGUCCCUAUUUCAUUGUUUUGGUUGAUUGGCAGCACAUUUGUGGAAAUGAAUGACUCUUUACCAGUAUUCUACAAUUCUACAAGGGAAACUACGACAGAAGGAGAGAAAAACAUUGUGUCGCUAGUGUUCAAAAAAGUAACAGAGGAUGCUCUAUCAAAACAUUACACCUGUAAAAUGGAAUCUCUCUCUCAGGACUCGAGCAACGUCACCAUAUCCUUGGCCCAAAAAGCAGAAUGGAGACAGCGUGUGGCACUUUCAGGGUUAAUGGAUGGAAGAGCACCACUUCUGCUGAGGCCUCCACUGCCAAUGCGGCUGCGAGAACAGGCUGUACACAUUCCGGUGUUGCUCGUGCUACUGCGUCAAGCUGCUAGGAAUAAUCGACCUUCCCAUCUUUCUCUGGUACUCUGUCCUGUGGUCAUCGUGGCAGUGAUGGCUGUAACUGUCACUGUUUACAUCAAGUUCAAAAUCCAUAUCACCCUUUUCCUGCGAGACACUCUGGGCUGCCAUAUGAGAAUCUCAGAUGGAAAAACCUAUGAUGUCUUUUUGAUGUGUUAUAAGAGCGACACAGUUACAGGACUCAAUAUAUGUGAUAGAAAAUGGCUGGAGAAUGUUUUGGAAGAAAGGUUUCAUUAUAAACUCUGCCUCUAUGAUCGUGACGUGCUACCAGGACAAGCCGUGGCCGAGGCUGUGUUAGACUGCAUAGAACAGAGUCGGUCUGUGGUUCUGAUACCUUCACCUGUGGAUGCAUUUCUGGAGUCAGGCUUGUUGAGUGUCGUCCAUGCGGCCCUCGUGCAACGGAAAACAAGCUUGGUUUUCAUCAAACCCGAGACCACAGAGGAGGCUCAAUCAGGUUCAGUAGAAGAGGCCUUACAGCUCCUUCAUAAGACUGGACACUGUGUCACCUGGGAGGGCUUGAGCUCCAUGUUGCCUUCUUCCUCCUUCUGGAAAAAACUCCGCUAUCACCUGCCAGCAGCAUACACCAGAGGGGCUUUUCCAUUAGAGACUCUGCCACAUUAACU